AUGAGCUCGGAGACCACCGCCAAGUCCAUCAGCAACACAGCGCUCGCGUGCUUGUUCGACGCGCACUCGCUUCGAUGGCGGCUCGUGAAACUCGGACACGGAGGGCCAGACAGCAGCGCUGACAGCCAGCCAACCUGCACGUCGCGCAGCACGUUCCGUGAUGACCGCUUGGAAGAGCCGUGCUGCCCGUCGCGGGCGAUGCUGUGGACCACGGACGACCCGCCGCGCCUUGACACGGACGACCCGCCGGGCCUUGAGACGUGCGAAUCGGCGCGCUUUGCGACGGAAGACCCACCACGCGUUGGGACCUGGGCGAGAGGUCCUGACGCUCACUCGCCCUCCGACUUGGCACCUCCGUCCUCGCCACCACCGCCUGCACUCGCAGGCGUAGCCGAGGCAGAUGUGGGAGCAGCAGCAGCAGCAGCAGCAGCAGCAGCAACAGCGUCGGUAGCAGAGAGGCGGCAUGCAGCGCGAUUCCUCAGCGGCGAGCUGAUGGGCAUGGAGCAGCUGGGGCGCCUGACUCGCCGCACCUACUACCUCUGCAGCUUUGGCUGCUCCGGCCCCGAUUCCGAAUCCUCCCUCUCCACCGACGAACGCCUGGAGAUCCGCCCCCUUCCGCUCCCCGCUGCCUUGCACACGCGUCUCCAGCAGCUGCUGUCGCGACACCCGCAGCACGUGAGCGCGCUUCACAUGCCCCUGCAGUCGCUCAAAAUCCAUGGCUCGCCCCUCGUGGCCGUGCAAGGAUGGGGGGGGGCUUCGGGGGAGGCACUGGCGGAGUUGAAUGGGAAGGGCGCAUAUGGCGCAUGUGGUGCAGCAGAGACGGCAGCUGCGUGCUUGUUUCCUUUCCUUGAGGAGCUUGUGCUGCAGAAUGUGCGCCGCCAUGCGGGUUCCCACACAGAACAAGGGCACAUAGCAGCAGGUCAUGCAGGUCCGCAGCAGCAGCAGCAACAGCAGCAGACUCUCGCAUGGAUGGGCCUGCUGCCGCGCCUGACCCACUUGGCCAUCCAUGACACCCGAUGGCCUUCCCAUCCCCAAAUGCACGCAACCACCAUCCUGCCGCACCUCCUCCCCAACCUCACCUUCCUGCGGAUCCACUCCCCCCCACGUGCCCCCCUGCCCGUGCUGCCCCACCUGCGCACGCUCAUAGUGGGGUCCUACCCGCACUCCUCGCGCUUCCUCGCGUCGCUCGCCCUCUUCCCCGCCCUCACUGCCCUCCGCAUCUUCAACCUCUCCAUGCACAACUACCACUCCGCCCUCUCCUGCCCUCCCCACCUCACAUCGCUCCAAAUCUGCCACUCCCACACUCCCCUCCUCCCCGACUGCCUCCGCCUCUUCUCCUCCCUCACUCGCCUCCACCUCUUCCAGUGUACCCCGCUCCGCGCCCUCCCCUCCUUCCUCUCCUCCUUCUCCUCCCUCACCCACUUCUCCUUCAACCGUGGCUACUACCCUGUUGUGAUCCCCGUGGGGCUUGAAGGGUACCUGCAGGGGAGAGAGUGGGCGCGAGAGCAGGAGGAGGAGGGGAAGUGGAAGAGGCGAGGGAAGGAGCACCAAGGGAGGAGGCCGAAGACACCGUACGAAAUUGAGGAGGAGAGGAGGAGGAAGACGAGACUUCAGAGUGUGUUUGAGGGAUCGGUGUUGAGUGAGGCGGAGAAGGAGGAGCAGAGGAAGUGGUGGCGGCAGGUGGGGAGGAAAGAGGAGGAGCAGUGGGAGUGGAGGUGGAGAGGAGAGGAUGGGGACAAGCAGCAGCAUGAGGCGGAGCAGGGACGGGAGGUGGUGCAAGGGGUACAGGAGGUGAAGGAGAGCGCCUCACGCAAAGAUGCGAGUGACAGCAAUCAUGACUCGCUGUUGACACCAGAGGAGGUGCCAGCAGAGAUGUUACAGCAUGGGCGGAACAGCAGCACCAGCACUCCCAGAAGCAGCAGUGCCGACAGCAGCAGCAAUCAGCUGGUGCAGCUGCUACCACCGGAGGUGCUACAAGGCGUGUUGCAGCGGGUGCAGAGUCCUGUGGAGCAGGCGAGAGUGAGACUGGUGUGCCGCGAGUGGCACCACUGGUGCCGCCUCCACACCUCCUGCUUCGCCCUCGCCCUCCACCCCCUCUCACUCUCCUGGCUGCCCGUCCCCCUGCUCCACCUUCCUUUCUCCUCCUCCUCCUCCUCCUCCUCCUCCUCCUCCUCCUCCUCCUCCUCCUCCUCCUCCUCCUCCUCCUCCUCCUCCUCCUCCUCCUCUUCUUCUUCUUCUGCCAAACCAGACUGCAGACUGACAGCAGCAGCAGGUGUCAGCGGUUCUUCUCUCUUCUCCUCCGCAUGGCUCCCCUCCGACUCACCCUUCUGGCUCAUCCACUCUUCCCCCACCUCCCCCUUCUCCCUGCUCCCUUCCUCCCACCCUCCCUUCACCCUCCCCCCUCCCAUCACCCCCUCCUCCCUCUCCACCUGCUUCACCCACUAUCUAACCCCCUGGCGCCCCCUCUCCCCCAUCUGGUUCGCCUCGCUCCCCUCCCCCUCCUCCCUCGCCCACACCCUCGCCCGCUACCCCAACCUCUCUACGCUUGCCCUUCCCCUCGUCUCCACCACGGCCUGCCCCCUCCGCCCCUCCCAUCUGCGCUCGCUGCUCGCCGCUGCUGCCGCUCUCCCUGCUCUCACCUCGCUCUCCUUGCUCCUGGAGCCUGGCUUCUCAGCCAACCACGAAUGGGGGUAUGGACGGGACGACUGGUGGGCGGAUGCCGGGAUGGAGAGGAAGGUGCGGCGAUGGUGGGGGGAGGCGAACCAGGAGAUGGAGAGGGGGCUGUUUGCCGUGCUGAAGAGAUGCCGGGGACUCAAGCAGCUGCACCUUCAAGGGGAGAGUCUCUCAGACAGACUCAAACUUCCCGACUCGCUCUUCCUGCGCUGCCCGCAACUCACCGCUCUCUCCCUCCCUCUCUCCCGCCUCCCCUCCUCCCUCCUCCUCCUCUCGCGCCUCACCUCCCUCGCCCUCGCCCUCCCAGAAGAGCACAUGCCUUCUCAGCUCUCCCUCCCCUCCCCCUUCUCCAACCUCCGCUCCCUCCGCUCGCUCGCCCUGCACGUGCCAAGCACCCUCAGCCCCUACUACCACCCUGAGGACGGUAGCAGCUGGAGCAGCGUCUCUGGCGACCUGCUGCUGGGGCUGCCCUCCUGCCUCUCCGCCCUCUCCCUGCACCUCCCCACCUCCACCAUGCCCUCUUCCUUCUCCUGCCUCACUUCCCUCACUCGCCUCGACACCAACCUCUGGAUUCCGGGACUGGAUGAUGCGGACGAAGGGGUGGUAGUGGAAGAGGAAGCGGGGGAGGAGGUAGGGGAGAUUGUUCCAGAAGAAGAAAGCAACGAGGAGGAGGACGUUAUCAACGGGCUUCCUGAUGCACGCGCUGCCUCAGAAAUUACUGACGAGAGACUGCUGCCUCUCUGCAACCUCACCUCCCUUUCUCUCUCCCACUGCCUAUUCUUCCCUCCUCUCAUUCGCCAUCUCACCCGCCUCACUUCGCUCUCCCUCCCAUCCCUCCACCGUGCACAAGGCUCCGGUGUCAACAACACCGCUCCCUGCUCUCUCCACCACUGCCUCUCUCGUCUCACUCGCCUGCACGACCUCUUCCUCGGUUGCGACAGCGGAGCCUGCCUGCCCCGUCUGCCCCGCCUGCGCCACCUGCGCGUGCAAUGCCCCGAUGAGACCGUGCACGUCGGUCGGCUCAUUGCCCGCGUGGCACCAUCCCUGGAGCAGCUUGACAUAAGAGCCGACUACCUCAAUUACACCUCGGCAGAUUUUUGCACGGAUAGCUGGCGCAGAAACGGCGACGAAUGGAGGGCGCCUGUGUUUCACAAGCUCAAGGUGCUGCAGCUGGUGACGUCAGGCCCUGCUUCCAAUGUGGACAUGUCGCUCUUCCCUGCCCUCGAACACAUGGCGUUAGCUGGCAGCCGUUACGUGGCCUGGAAGGUGGAGAGUGGCUGCUCUGCCAACCUCCGCUUCCUGCACUUGGACCGUGCAAAGCUGUCGGGGUAUGACAGUGAACCUCAGCUGACGCAGCUGACGGCGCUCACCACUCUGGUGGUCGACAACGCUGACUGCCGGGACUUCCUUGCAUGCCUCUCCUGCUUCUCAAGGGCAGGGAAUGGUACGAGCAUUCUCCCUGUGAUGGUAGCUUUGAGAGUUGAGCAUGUGCUGCUCCCUCUUAGUUCUUCAACCCAUCUCCACACCUUACGUAGUUCCCCAAAUAUUCCUUCUCGGGUGCUACGGUAA